AUGCAAAUAAUUACUUGCGAUGCCGAUUUCAUUGGUUAUAAGAUAUAUGCAGAACCCCUUGAAGUCGAGCUAAAACGCAAACUUCCAACAGACUUACCUGAUGAUGAUGAAGCUUACGACAAGAGGGCUCAGGCUUUUAUUCUAUAUUUAUUGGCUUCCUUCUUGUUUGCGGAUAAAAGCGGAGACAAGAUACCUCUAUGCUAUUUGAUACACCUUGAGGAUUUAGAGUCACGUGGUCAGCUUAGUUGGGGUUCAGCAGUCUUGGGGUUUUCGUAUAAUGGCCUGUGUAAUGCAUGUCAAUUCGGCCAUAAUGACGUGAGUAGCUGCAAUUUAUUGGUGCAGGUUUGGGCUUGGGAGCGAAUUCCAAGGAUUCAACCCAUCAGGAACAUCGUGCCUCCUGAUCCUAAUAUGGAUUCAGAAGCGCCAUUAGCUCAUAGGUGGAAUUGCCCGCUCUCUUAUGCAAAUGUCCCCAAGGGCUGUUUACCUUCAAUCAGGGAUCAAUUAGCUCUUAUAAGGAAUGGUGAUUUUCUGUGGCUGCCUUACACUCCUUUCCUCGAGAAGCUUCCUGCUUUCUGUAAGCGAGGUAGUCAUGUUUGGAAAAUGAGGAGUUGGAUUUUCUUCCAAUCCAUUAGGGAACCUCAUGAGCCCAACCGGGUUUUGCGUCAGUUUGAUUGUUGGCAAACUCAGCCUGAGAACCCAUUGAUCAGUCGCAACAUUAAUGUUUGGAGGGCUAUACACAAAGAAAAUAAGGGGACUGGGAACUCAGGCAAGGGAUGGAAGACCGUUCAUGAUGAUGUCAACCCACAUUGGGAUAAUAGGAUGUCUAAUUUGGUAGAAGGUGAAGAAGCCGACACCCUCAACGAUAUUUAUCACACUGUUGAUAAGUAUCGUACCAAGUACCCGACCAGAGACCGUGCCCUUAAUGCAAUGAUUGAGGAGGAUUUUGAAGUUAUCAUGGAGAAUUAUAACUGUGGAUAUGGAGAUGCUCCGUAUUAUAGUUAUAAUUCUGAAUAUGGAGACUAUCCUACAUAUCAAGAAGAUUCGUACUCUUGGAACAAUUUGGCUUAUGAUCCUUACUAUGGUUGUGAUUAUCAAGGGUAUUCAUGUGAUGCAGGAUACAAUUCUGGUUUUGAGAGUCCCCAUAUGAGUCUUAAGAUGUUGUCAUGUUUGGAGAGAAUUGAAAAAUUACUGGAUGGCAUCGAUAAAAAAAAUGCUUCAUAUUUCUCUCAAGAGGAUUGUUACCACUCAAAUGCAUCAGUAUAUCAACCACCACCUCCUCAACCCACUCUAAAAGAGUUAGCAGCUCGUCAACCUACUCUCAGAGAGCUAGCAGCCUUACAGUCAUCACCUUGUCAACCCACUUUGAGACAGUUAGGAUCUUCAUAUCAGCAGCCUCCUGCUCAACCUCAACUUAGUGUUAGAGAGGGAGCUCUUCGAGAAUUGCAAAGUGAAAAAGGCCAACAACUUACUGAAGAGGUCAAUCAAUAUAGGUUGACCACCAUCUCGAAAACUGACCUUGAAUGUGAAGAAUUAGAAGAGACCAAAGAGAUUAACAGUCCAGAUAUUCCAAGUUCUCCUGAUUCUUCUGGUAUAUACAUAGUAGUUAAGCAUGAUUCGCUCAUUCUGAGAGUUGGUGACAAAAAUGUGGAUCAAGUUGAUUUUGAUGAGAAUAACAUUCCUAUAGUUUCAAAAGAAGGAUUUGAAGUAGACACAAGUGGUGAGGUUGUCCCUAGUAUAAGAGAUUUUGAGGAUGAUGUGAAAAAUGGUUCAAUGAAAGACCAAGAAGAGGAUCAAUGGUACAAGAUUAAAUUUGAGAAAGAGGAUGUUGUAGUGUUGGAGUGUAAGUUUAUAUUUUCUCAUGGAAAGGAGAACUACUACAAGAGAUUCAUUGUUGCUGCCGAACAUGGUUUUUUCUGGUAUCAAGAUGGUAAGUUUGGGGGAGGGGUGUUGGCGGAUGCUUCUGAGGUUAGGUUAAUUUUAAUGAGGGAGAAAGGAAGAGCAUUCAAUGUUGAUGCUAGCCCAUUGAGAGGUGAGGAAUUGGCAACCUGA